AUGGAUAGGAGGCAAACGAUGUGGGAUGGACUACCAGGUUUGGAGGAUUAUAUUUCAGCAAGACACCCGUCUUCGUUUUAUAAACGACAGCAUCACCACGGAGGGAGACGGCCAUUCGCUACCAGCUGGAUACAGCCAACCAACACUCCAACACUUGUUGAUAUCUGCCAUGUACUCGACCCGGGGCCUCCUCCGCCCCCUCCGCUCGAUACACCAUCCUGGAGCCGGAAUUAUACCACAGAACCCUUUGUCUUUGUUGACUUGAAUGAAGGGGGUAGAAGGACGGUGCCGUUGAGCUUCCAGCCACCUCUCGCUCCGCAGUUUAACAGUACUCCCCGUUUUAUGAAUGGACAUGUACCGGGCUGGGGGGAGACGAGUGCCAGCGAACAUAUGUCUGUUGACGAGGAUAGUGAUGAGUACGUGGAUGAAGUAGACGCAGAAGACGAAGUGUCAACUACAGAGGAGAUGGAAGGUACUGAGACGGUUAUGGGGGGCCACCAGGAGUCAGGUCUAGGGGAAUUGUUUGAGAAUGUGGGAGAGAGUGCCGGGGAGAAGGAAGAUGAUGCGGAUCAACCUCUACAUGAAACCGUGAAGAGACUGAAAGAAGAGGUUAAGGAGUUGAAAGGGGUGAUGAGACGUGAGAAACUCGAGUUUGAGCGCCUACACGGUGCUGUUGCGGAGAUGAUGGAAUACCUUGCGAAGGAGAGGCAUGUUCACUGGGAGAAUAAGUGGGAGCAAGGAUCCCGGGCUCACAACUUCAGUGGAGGAGUAUAUACAGGCCAGACAAGGCAGCCUAGCAUGGACACCCCAACUCCAAGCUCAUCUAGGGCGGCUAUCGAGGAGUAUAACACUGCGUGGAAAGCAGUGUUUGACACAAAGGACACAGCAAAUGGUCAACACUCGAUCAUACCAUGGCCGACUAGCAGCCUCAAGUCUAGUCCUCUAUCCAGAAAUUCCCAACCAAGCCACAGACUCAUGAAACACCGCCGAUUACCGAAGGAAAUCAGCGAGGAUAUUUUUCAGCUCAGGAAGUGGAAUGCCUUUUGUUUCUUCGUGCAGGCCUUUGGUCUGUAUCCAACCUAUGUGCAUGCAGAUAGUGUCAGGAGAGAGACACUUGCCCCUGAAGAGCCACGGGAGGGUAUAGUGUUUGAUAUCCGGAUCCGGGGAGCUUCACGGGCUAAGUUGAACGCACUGAAAGCGCAGAUGGUGCAGGAGAAGCUGAGAUGGCAUCCAGAUAGGCUGCGGAGAUAUGCUGGCGGAUUUAGGGGGGAUGAAGAAGAGAUCGCAAAAGCUGUCUUGAGUGCAGUCUUGGAUAGCUCAAGGGCAUGUAACAGAUGCCUGGAACUAGUAGGCCGGGGAAAUUAA